GUUAUGCCAUCAGGGCCCCUUUCUUCCCGAGUUUCUGAGAUCAAAACCGUAUCCAGCGCCCUCCUCCUCCCCUCCUCCUCCUCCUCCUCGCCGCUGGCCGCACGACCCCCUUCCUCUCCUCUUCCUCUCGAUCUCUGCUUGCUCUCAGUCCUCGUCACAAUCGUUUACCGCCUCGCCUUCGCCCCUUCCUCCCUCGCAGCUGCAGCCUCGUCGCCGAUCCAUCGCAGGCAACAGUAGGGUUGCGGAUUGGAGCGCCAAUCUCACCUUCUUCGAGCUCGCACCUCCGUCAAUUCGUUUGCUGAUUGAGUUCCGUCACAGCCACAGCCAGACCUCCGAGCACGGCCGCAUCCACCGCAAAUCUGCCGGCGACAAGGCCGUAAGGAGUUAUGGAAUUCUUGCCAGACUGCCUGAUCCACCACAUCUUCUCAUAUCUCCCACUGGAAGACGUCCUCAAGACCAGCCUCCUCUGCAGGCGCUGGCGGUACGCUUGGACCGUCGCCGCCACCCACCUCACCUUCGAUGGAAAGAUUGUAAACCGGUUUCGCAAUAACGUGGACUAUACGUCCUUCGUCGACAGCAUCUUGACCCGGUGCAUCUCGCCCAAGGUGAAGACGUUCCACCUCACCAACUUAAGGUACAAUGAGCGCGUCCGCUCCAAGCUCGAUUCCUGGCUCAAGAUCGUGGAGGAGCGCUUCGUGGAGGAGAUCCGCCUGUCGUUUUUCUCGCCGUUUUUGUAUGGACUGCCGGCUUCCUUGUAUCGCUUGAGUUCGUUGGCGAGUCUGGAAGUCAGUUCGUGCUGUUUCUCGUUGGAUGCGCCUAUUAGCUGGCCUCAUCUUAAGUUCUUGUCGUUUGAAAAUGUGAAGUUGAGUGAAGAUGUGCUCAAGGCAAUUUUCAUGGGAAGUCCUCUUUUAGAGUCCCUUAAGCUGUGCGAGUGCAGGUCGCUCAAGAACAUCCUAAUAGAUGCCCCAAGUUUGAAAUUGUUGGUACUCGUCUCCACUAAUUUCUUUAUCGUGGAGAACAUCUGGGCACCGCAUCUGCUGUCAUUGCGCGUAUCUGGGGACUGGUGGCCUUCUUCCAAUUUCAGACUUGACAACGUAUCUUCUUUGGUAGAAGCCCAGUUGGAUUUUGUCUUUCCACCCGAUGAAAUCCGAACCGAUGGCACGAGGAGACAAUGCUACUUUGUGAAGCAACUUUUGGAGAAGCUGUGCGGUGUUCGCACAAUCGCCAUUAAUAGCUGGUGUUUGCAGGCUCUGUCUGUGCUAGAGAUGGAAGACGAGCCAGCUCUAUUGUCAAAAUGUCAGAAUCUGAUACUACAUCCAGGUAUUAGUCAAUGGGACCUUCCCGGGAUAGCAUACAUGCUACGAAGUUCACAGUGCCUGGAAAUAUUAGAUAUACGCCUGACUGGUGACCGCUGCUUGAAGCUCAAGCUCGACAAAGAAUCUAGAGGACGUUUUUAUUUUGAUGAAGAAGAUUUUUGGUGUUCAAGGAAGGGGAACUUCCAACUUUUGGCAGAACAUCUCAAGAGAGUUGAGAUUGCCGGUUUGGAAGCCCAUAGUUUUGGGUUGAAGUAUCUGCAUGCCCUGGUUAAGUUUGUUCUUGGCGAUAUACGCGUGUUGGAGAAGGUGAUUAUCAAGGCUGAUCAAUGCACACAACAUGGACAAGAAAGUCUUCAAGCCGAUGUUCUUUCGGAACUACUUGGUGUGAACGGAAAUUUGCUCGGCUAUGGAAGAGCUUCCAAAAUGCUUAAGUUAUUAUGAAAUUCGGUUUUUUUUUUUAUUCUCAUUGCAAGGGUAUGUUGCCCUGGCCGCCUCUUAUUCACUCUCUGUAGAGUUGCAUGAACAAUGACACUGUUUGGUGUUUUACAUGUAUUUAAUUUAUAUUGGGCGACGAAAUUUCGACCCCUAAAUGA